UCAAAGGCUGUUUUGAUGUUCUCCAUCCAGGAGGGUCUCCCCAGAGGAGGGCUGACCAUGAAAGAAGAACCCUUGACCAGUGGACUGACAUCCGUAAGGUCCUGGAUGCAAAGCGCUGGGAUCCUGGAUGCCAACACAGCAGCCCAGAGUGGGGUGGGCCUGGCCCGCGCCCAUUUCGAGAAGCAGCCGCCCUCCAACCUGCGGAAAUCCAACUUCUUCCACUUCGUGCUGGCCAUGUACGACCGGCAGGGGCAGCCCGUGGAGAUCGAGCGCACCUCCUUCAUCGACUUCGUGGAGAAGGACAGGGAGCAGAACGGUGAGAAAACCAACAACGGCAUCCACUACCGCCUGCAGCUGCUGUACAGCAACGGGCUGCGGACGGAGCAGGAUCUCUACGUGCGGCUCAUCGACUCCAUGUCCAAGCAGGCCAUCAUCUACGAGGGGCAGGACAAAAACCCCGAGAUGUGCCGCGUCCUGCUGACCCACGAGAUCAUGUGCAGCCGCUGCUGUGACAAGAAGAGCUGCGGGAACCGCAACGAGACGCCCUCCGACCCCGUCAUCAUCGACAGGUAUGUUCUUGGCUCCCAGGUGGUGGUGUCAACGACGGUGAACGUGGACGGGCAUGUCCUGGCGGUGUCCGAUAACAUGUUCGUCCACAACAACUCGAAGCACGGGCGCCGGGCGCGACGGCUGGACCCCUCCGAAGGUGAGCGCCCCCCGAGCUCUGCCGGAGCAUCCAGCUGUAAUGAUGCGGUUCUGGCGGGACCCCUAAUCACCCCUCACGCCAUCCGGGUGCAGACGCCGCCCCGCCACAUCCCCGGCGUGGUGGAGGUGACGCUCUCCUACAAGUCGAAGCAGUUCUGCAAGGGAGCGCCUGGCCGAUUCGUCUACACAGCACUGAACGAGCCGACCAUCGACUACGGGUUCCAGCGGCUGCAGAAGGUGAUCCCCCGGCACCCCGGAGACCCCGAGCGCUUACCCAAGGAAGUCCUGCUGAAGAGGGCGGCAGACCUGGUGGAGGCCCUGUACGGGAUGCCGCACAAUAACCAGGACAUCAUCCUGAAGCGAGCAGCAGACAUCGCCGAGGCCCUGUACAGCGUCCCGCGCACCCCCAGCCAGCUGUCCUCGUUGGCCGGGAACCACGCCCACGCGGGCAUGAUGGGCGUCAACUCCUUCGGGAGCCAGCUGGCCAUCAACAUCAGCGACUCGGGCCCGGGCACCGAGCAAGGCUACGUCCGCAACACGAGCAGCGUCUCGCCGCGGGGCUACGUGCCCAGCUCCACCCCGCAGCAAAGCGGCUACAACACCAUCACAUCCAGCAUGACCGGCUACGGGGGGGCAGCCAUGACCGGCCUCGGGGUGCCCGGCUCCCCCAGCUUCCUCAACGGCUCCACCGCCAACUCCCCCUACGCCAUCAUGCCCUCCAGCCCCCCGCUGGGCGCCUCCUCCAUCACCCUCCCGUCCGGCGCCAGCUCCUCCACCCCCGCCGGCGUCUUCUCCUUCUCCCCGGUCAACAUGAUCUCCGCCGUCAAGCAGAAGAGCGCCUUCGCCCCCGUGGUGCGGCCGCCCACCUCCCCCACCCCCACCUGCACCAGCACCAACGGGAACAGCCUGCAGGACCAGUCUUUUGAGGACUCCGACAAGUUUCACCCCCCUGCUCGGUCGCUCCAAGGACUGGCCUAUUCCUAGACACACUAUGUCGGGUCUCCUUGUGCCGCCCAUGUGACCCGGGACUGGACCGGGACCCGGAGGGAGCGGACCACACACAGGGACCAAAGCUCACCAUUGACUCUGGGCCCCCAGGGGCUGCGGGGGGCUCGUGCCCACAGCCCCCCUCCCCCAAAGGACGCGGCUCGGUGGGAAGCCAGGCUGCAGCCGGAGGGGAAGCCGUACCCUCUAGCCAGGGGCAGUUCU